AGAUGAGCUUCUCGUCCUGGCUUCGUCAAUCUCUUUCAUGGAAGAAGAACAAAUCACAGGCAGCUACAGCUCCCAUUCGUAGCAAGGGAACUUAUGGGGUUGAAACCCUCACAGAAGACCAAGAGUUUGGAGUGACGGAGCAGUUGAAGAACUUCGUCAAGUCCUUCACUGUUGAUACCUUCAAGAAUUUCCCCCUCGAAGACAGAUGAUUAGGGAACGGUCGAAAACGCCGGUGAUUCAGCACCCACAACCUCUUCCAAUAGCCGGAAUGAUCUGUCGACGUGGCAGGAGCGGCAUGCAAUUCUCAUUCUCUCUAGGGUCAAGAUAUGAGAUACGUGCAAUACAGAGGGCAAAACUCAGGAGGAUGGGGAUGGAGGAUGAGAAGUCAUUGACCAUGAGUGCUUCUGAAGUGGAGAUGGCAGAGCCAAAUCAAGCAAUGAGUGCGUCACAUCCUGCUUCUUUGGAUAAUGACUCAGAUGAGAUCACCAGCAUUGGUGAUGUUGUGGUGAAGUGAGUUAUGAAGGAAAACAUUUUGCUGAGUCUCAGUCAUUUUUAUCAUAUGAAGACAAAUUUCUCCGGCAAUCCAAACUUGCAAUCAUUUGGGCUGGUUAGAGGAGACGGAUUGAACCUGCAGGGACUGUGAUUCACCGAGCCGACUCUAUACUUAUCGCUGAUUAAUUAGUUUCCUUGCAAUGUUAUACCGAAACAGGACGAGCAGUUUGUAAAUUGUCAAAAGCAUGACUAUUUUAUUCCUCUUAUCCAUCAUCAAGAUAAUUGAAAAGUGCAGUGGAUGGAGUUUUUUCA